GUUUUAUUCGGAUUUUAUUUGUCUAUUUAGAUGUCCACGAGGCUGCCUCAUGUAUUGGUCUUCAUUGCUGUCAUUUGUGCCAGCAGCGCCCAACAAGAGGGAAGCAAGUGUGUCCACGCUGACGCCAAGUCCUGUGGGGAGUGUAUACAGACGGGGGAGAACUGCGCCUGGUGCUCAGACCCUAACUUCCUGAAGCAGGGAGAGCCAACCUCGUCCCGGUGCGAUGAGCUGGAGGUCCUGAAGAGGAAAAACUGCUCAGCAGCCAUGAUUGAGAACCCACGGGGCAGCCAGAAGACUGAGGUGAACAAGCCUGUCACCAACCGCCACAAGAGCAGGACAGCGUGGCCGAGACCUGAGGAGAUAACACAGAUCCAGCCGCAGAAGCUCUCCAUGGAGCUGAGGAUCGGGGAACCUCAGUCCUUUGAUUUGACCUUCAAGCGAGCCGAUGACUACCCCAUUGACCUCUACUACCUCAUGGACCUCUCUUACUCCAUGAACGAUGACCUGCAAAAUGUCAAGAAGCUGGGGACUGCCCUCAUGGAAGAGAUGAAGAACAUCACCUCGGAUUUCCGAAUCGGUGAGCUUUCCUGCCAGGUCCAGAUCCUCUUGUCUUCUUAGACUGGAGUUUGCUUUGCAGGGUUAGGGUUAGGGUUAGGGUUAGGGUUAGGGUUAUUUAUCCCUGCAUCUGGUUGAUGAGGUGAGGAAUGAUUUCGAAACAUAUCUGAGCGUCGCAAAUAAUUCUAUCCCCGCUGAAAAGUACAAUACUGUGAAAUGUCUUUUGUUGCAUUUCUGUGGUCGGGUCUUCAAUCAAAGCUGACCAUUAUGUAUAAAAAAAAACAAUGACAAACUCCCUGGUCUGUCUGCUACCUCAAUGUUCCAUCAAAAACUUUUCAAAAGAAUGUUGUUCCAGAAUUCAAGUCUGAGUCUGGCAAACGUCAGGCAAGCGAGUGACAAUUCCACAUUCCGGAGUGCUAUCAUAGAGUCCUUUGCCACUGUGUGGAUGAUGUCACAAUGCUUUCUAAUAGAUUUUGGCAGUACAGGGACUGCUGGGGAAGAUUCAUUACUGUUCCAUACUUCCCCCAUUCCAGCCGUUUGGAUCCGACGGCUUUUUGGGAUCCCCAAAGCCUUAGAACCUUUUUUCGCGACCCUUUCCAGUUUAAUAAGAAUCACCAGCUUCUUUCCUGGAGAUUUCUUGGAACGUUCUUUUACUAUUGGCAUGAUAUGCCUUGAGAAUCUGCGUGAUGACUGCUCCUCUCUCAAAAGUAAUAAGAAUGGUACUAAAUAUAGAUGUAGACAGCUGGCAUCCCAGUCAGAUUCCCCAUAGUGUUUCCUGAGUAAACUUCAGGCUCUGGGCGACCCUGCACUGGGUAAACACUAUGGAAGAUGAACGAAUGGGUGAAUAGAUGGAUGCUGACAUUGGGGCACCAACACUUACAGCAAUCAGGCUGAUAGAAGAUCGCUGCACUGCUGUCUGUCCGUUGCAUUGCUUUACUUGCUAUUCUAAGCGAGAAAUCGACUGUAUGCUUCCCGGUGAACAUUCGGCCAACUUUCACAUAAAUGUAGCAUCUCAUACCACCAAAGAUUCAUGCGUAACUGAGAACAGGAGGCCGCUUUCCAUCACAGCGAAUGUCACGAUAAAGAGAGCAAAGUGCCUCAAUGGACUCAUACCUUCUGGUUUGUUGUUUGAAUCCU